CGGGUGGGGCGGGGCUCGCUAUCCGGAGCGAAUGAGGAACGGUUUGAAAAUGGCGGGAAGGGGGCCGAGUCAAAUGUGGGGCGGUUGAGCAACAGCUCUGUCCUCGGGAAGGUGAAGCCACGUCUGAGGUUUCUAGACAGUGGGUACACUUUUGCUCAUCAAGAUGUCUGCCAAAGUGAUGGUUUACGAAACCCAGUUCUUUGGCUUCACCCCUCAGACGUGCAUGAUGCGGAUGUAUCUUGCGUUCCAAGACCAUCUCUUUCACAUGAUGCUGGUAAUCGAAGAGGUGAUGCUGAAGAAACUGCAGAGCAUGCGCUGCUCUAAGCUCACAUCUUCUUCGAUCCGUAGAAGCAGUGAGAAAUUUCUUGCCUAUAUGAGGAAGCAUUUUGACCAGCUCUUUGGCAAAAUGGAACAGCUGUUGCUAAAGGUGGUGUUAACCAUCCCUGAUAAUGUUUUGCUUCCUGAAAAUAAAUGCCAGGAUCAAUACCGCUACACUGCAAGUGAGUUUCAGAAGCUGCAGGAGGAGAUCUGUCACUUGGAGCACCGUGUCAAGGUUGAAACGUCUGCCCAGCAAGCUCUGAAAACAGAGCUGGAAGAGCAGAAAGCCACUCAGGAGCAGCUAGAAAAGAUCCUUCAGUGGUUUGAUAGCCUUGAUAAUAUCUGCCGAGAACAUGGGACCAGCAACCUCAAAGAAAGUUUUGCCUUCUUGAAGGGGAAUUCUGAAAAGUUGCAAACUGUAAUGCAGGAAGCUGAAGAUAAAAGCAAGAAGUUGCACAAGAAGUGAUUGAGCUAAGGAAGCACAAGAGUAGAAAGGGUUUGCCAUUAAACUAAUAAGUCUUUUGUUAUUCAAAAAAUAAAUUUGAAUUGUCCUAAUAGCAAAUUCUGAAAGGAUGAUCUCUGAACCACUAUAAAUAUGAUGAACUCAGAGCUUUCAUUCUGUCCCUUAUGUUAAUUAUCAGUAAAGGUCAACAGGCAUGACUUUUAAGUAGCAGAAAGAAAGAUCUAUGAGAUUUUCAUCCAUCAACUCUAGAGUACCAUUAAAUUUUAUAUGUGUAUUUUUAUGUACAAUUUCUGCCAGAAAAGUAAGGGGAGAAGAAGGUUGCAGGCCGGUCACCAAAGGUUUCCAAAACCUACAAUAAUAGCAUCUUCUUGAAUUUACCCUUGUUUAGUUUAUGGGAUUUGAAAAUCAGGAGUAGCUAGAUCUUCUGGGAAAUGCAUUUGGGAUUUUAGGCUUCUAUCCUGUGCUCUCCCUAAUCUGGCUUUUGAGGCAGUUUAUAAUAAAAUACUGCAAUACAAAAUGUGUAAUACAAGUAAAACUAAAACAUCCAGCAGGAUCUGUUAAUGGAGAAUAAGACCACUGACCUUGCUAUAUAUGAACAAAAUUAGUACAAAUAUACAUUUGCCCCGUACUGUAGACAGUAAGGGAAAGCCUUUCCAAAUGCACCCAAUGUAGGAGAUAACAGUUGUAUACAAGAGAGACCUGACACGAAGCUGCUAUAUACCAAGUCAGACUAUUGGCCUAUUUAGCCCACUAUUCUUAGCUCUGAGUGUCAACUGAUCUCUAGGUUCACUCAGGCAAAUGUCUUUCCCUUUCAAAUCAAUUUUAAUAUGAGAUGGAUUUGAACUGUGAAACUUCUGCUUGCCAAGCAUGUGUUUUACAACUGAGCAUGACACCACUGAUUCUUAUACUUUUUUGA